AUGGCCCGUCACGAUGCGCCGUCGGACGAUCACAAAUACAUCGCCGUGACGCAGCCGAUCAAGUACGCGAAGCACAAAAACAGCCGCCGGGUGUGCCUGACGAUCCUGCUGGUGUGGGCCAUCUCGGCGGCGAUCGGGUCGCCGAUCGUGUUAGGACUAAACAAUACGCCCGAUCGGGUGCCCGAUCUGUGCGUUUUCUACAAUAGUGAUUUUAUAGUGUACUCGUCGCUAAGUAGUUUUUAUAUACCGUGUAUUAUAAUGGUGUUUUUAUACUGGAAUAUUUUUAAGGCCCUACGAACGCGAGCGAAAAAGCAACGUGCAGCCCGCAAGCCCCACAUAUCGGAGAUCACCGCCGGCGGUAGUCUGAUAGAGAACAUUGCUCAAACCAAGGUUGCCACGGAGACACACCUGGACGGCAGUACCAAGAGUGCCGGUUCCUGUAAGAUCCUGCCAGACGAGGCGCCCACCAACACGGCGUCCGGUUCCAACGAGGAGGACGACGACAAUGCGGGUGUGAUGGCCCAGAUAACGACAACGCAGAUUCCCUCCGAUCCGAACGGCAAUCACGACUCGGGCUACGCGCCCUCCAGCAUAGGCGACGUGCUGGCGGCGAACGCGAGUCCACCUGGAAGCCCCAACGUGGCGGCCACCGUCAUUGUAAAUAAAAACGCUACGCUUAACAGUAGGAACGGUUCACCGCGGAAGGAAGCCAGUGUAACGCUGAAACCGCUGUCGUUAGUGCGGUGCGGAGUGCAGCAGGCCUUAUCGCUCAAUCGAAACGACUCCACGCUAUCAACGAACUCCAACUCGAGGGAAAGCACCCGGAAAGAUAAGAAAAGUGUCCAGCAGCCUUCCAGGUGA